CCAAAGUACUUUAAGUAUAUAUUUUUGUUUUUUAUAUUUAAAUAAUUUUUUUAAUAAGACGAGUGAUUAGGGGACGGAGGUAGUGUGUGUAUGUAUGUAUGUGUAUAUUCUGACAAUUUUAAUUAUAUGUAACAUUCUAGGGAUGACAGCAUGUGAUCAGCGUGAGAGAGCACCAAAUCCACCGGUUGCAUACGAGUCGAAGCUGGGAUGUACUUGUAAUGACUACAGACAGCCAAAUGGCCUGCUAGCCAAAGCUAAAUAUGGGGAAGAUAUUAUUAUUGGGGUUAUCGACACAGGUAUCACACCUGAGUCACCAAGCUUCGCUGAUGAUGGAUAUGGACCCCCUCCAUCCAAAUGGAAAGGAGUUUGCCAAGUCGGCCCUUCGUUCAAAGCAAAAAGCUGCAACCGAAAACUUAUCGGUGCACGGUGGUACAUCGAUGAUGAUACUUUAAGAAGCAUGAGCAAGGAUGAAAUCCUAUCUCCCAGGGAUGUGGUUGGCCAUGGAACACACACGGCUUCGACGGCCGGUGGUAACAUCAUCCACAAUGCUAGCAUUCUUGGGCUAGCAGCUGGGACAGUUCGGGGUGGCGCGCCCCGUGCACGAGUAGCCAUGUACAAGACAUGUUGGAAUGGUGUUGGCUGCUCCGCCGCCGGUCAGUUGAAGGCCAUAGAUGACGCUAUCCACGAUGGCGUUGAUAUAUUAUCACUUUCUCUUGGUGGCCCUUUUGAAGAUCCAGGCACCUUGCACGUUGUUGCUAAGGGUAUCCCUGUUGUAUACUCUGCUGGGAAUGAUGGACCCAUUGCUCAGACAGUGGAGAACUCAUCACCGUGGCUGCUUACAGUUGCUGCGGCCACUAUGGAUCGGUCAUUCCCUGUGGUUAUCACAUUGGGAAAUAAUGACAAGUUUGUGGCACAGUCCUUUGCCAUUUCAGGGAAAACUUCAAGUCAGUUCGGUGAGAUACAAUUUUACGAGCGUGAGGACUGCAGUGCUGAGAAUAUCCACAACACAGUGAAGGGGAAGAUCGUCUUCUGCUUCUUUGGAACGAAGUUCGAUUCGGAGCGAGAUUACUAUAACAUCACCAAGGCAACGAGUGAGAAAGGAGGAAUAGGGGUGAUCUUGCCUAAGUACAACACCGACACACUACUGGGGGACACCCUCCUCACUUUGCCUAUUCCCUUGGUCGCAGUUGAUUAUGAGAUCACCUACAGGAUAUACCAAUAUAUCAAAGAAAACGAUGGCACCCCAAAAGUGAAGAUAUCAUUAACCCAAACAACUAUUGGAAAAGUUUCUGCUCCCAAAGUAGCAGCUUUCUCGUCGAGGGGGCCCAGUUAUAUUUAUCCUGGGGUUCUCAAGCCCGACAUUGCUGCACCAGGUGUUACGGUUUUGGCAGCUGCACCAAAGGCUUUUAUGGAUGCAGGAAUCCCGUACCGUUUCGACUCUGGAACAUCUAUGUCUUGCCCCCAUGUGAGUGGGAUCAUUGCGGUACUCAAGUCUUUGCAUCCUCAAUGGUCACCAGCUGCCCUCAAGUCUGCAAUCAUGACUACAGCACUUACCUAUGACAAUAACGGGAUGCCGAUACAAGCUAAUGGAAAAGUUCCAAAGAUUGCCGAUCCUUUCGAUUAUGGAGCAGGGGUUGUUAAUCCAAACAUGGCAGCUGAUCCAGGCCUCAUAUACGACAUCGAACCAUCAGAUUACUUCAAGUUCUUCAACUGCAUGGGAGGAUUAGGCUCAGCGGACAAUUGCACCACAGUGAAAGGAUCACUUGCUGAUUUGAACCUCCCGUCCAUCGCCAUCCCCAACCUCAGGACAUUCCAGGCCACAACGCGCACCGUCACCAAUGUUGGCCAGGCCAAUGCCAGGUACAAGGCGUUCCUCUACACCCCUGCCGGUGUCGAGAUGACCGUCGAUCCGCCAGUGCUAGUGUUCAGCAAAGAGAAGAAGGUGCAAAGUUUCAAGGUGACCAUCAAGGCGACGGGGAGGCCAAUUCAGGGGGACUAUAGCUUUGGAAGCUUGGUGUGGCACGAUGGCGGCAUACACUGGGUUCGGAUCCCAAUUGCAGUUCGCAUCGUGAUUGAAGAGAUCUACUCCAAGAUCUCCUAACUUGAUUGAGAUAUGCUACUGCUACAUAUGACAAUGCUAGUUGAUUAAUGAUCGACUUGUACUGUAUACAUAAAGGAUGAACCCAUAUGCUUUGGAUGUACUACCAUGUUAUAUGUAUAUGGAAUGUAGCCCCAGGAAGUAUUUCUUAUGUAAAAUUAUGUUAGAUGUUUGUUAUGAAUAACAGGGUUUCGACUUGUGACUAAA